AUGUUUAGACAAGCUAUAAAAAGAAGUUAUGCCACUUUACCUCCAUGGGCUAUGAAACCUGCUUUUGGUGCUCCAAACAAGGUAGCUGCUGAAGCUUACAAGAAAGAGCUGAAAGCGGUUAGAGACCAUGCUGCUGGUACCUCCAACUUCUGGAAGAAAAUUAGUAUCAUGGUCGCAGUUCCAGCUAUUGGUUUGGCUACAAUCAACACUUACUAUGUUGAGGUAGAGCAUGCUGAACACAGGAAACAUCUAAGUCAUGUCAAAGAUUCUGACUGGCCAAAGGAUUACGAGUUCCAAAACAUUAGAAGCAAGCCUUUCUUCUGGGGUGAUGGUGACAAGACAUUAUUCUGGAACCCUGUUGUUAACAGACACAUCAAGGACGAAUAA